AAAUUCAGAAUACUGUACUAGUGCUACGUCGUCCAACAUCGCUAGUCAAUAGAACUAGGCAGGCAGGAACCAUGCAAAGCCUGCUAUGCGCAUGUUUAGGUGUGAUUUAUGCACACUCCUAAGGAAAACCAAGUCUAAGUAACAAGUGAAAGUAGUUGGGUUCUUGAGUACCAAACACCGGCUCACUCAUUUUCCAGCUCUAGGUACGGUUCCAAACGCACCCCUCCGAGAUGAUCCAAUUGGUUCCUGGAAUCAUAUUUCACAACAUAAAUAGUAUAUGCAUCCCAUGCAUGUUUCUCAAGGAGCACGCAGGCCAUUUCCCCUGUCAUUGUUGCUGAGGCCAGCACAGCCUUUAACAUACAUAAGGCUUGCAUAUAUAUAUGCUGCUACCAAAGGUAGCUAGUGUGAUCAUAAAGGUGUGAGAUUUCACACACUCAAAGCUAGUAGCUGCCAUGGUAGCACUCAAGCUUUGGCAUUUGUGUUUCGUACUUGUGCUUUCAUCGAUGGCCAUCUCUUGUUGCAGAGGACAAGGAGGAGGAGGAGGUGGUGCUGGUGGCGCAGGAGGAGCUGCUGGUGGUGCAGGGGGCGCGGCAGGUGGUGGUGCUGUGGUUCCGGGGACACAGGAUGCCAUCCAGAUUGUGUCACAGGCUGCUCUCUGCUUUGACAAUAGACAGGUGAUAAACGGGUGCCUCCAAUCAAUGGGCAUCAAUGUCAACAGCAACGGCAAUGGCAAUAGCAACGGCAGCGGCGGCAACGGCAACGGAAGCGGUGGCAGUAGCAACGGCAGUGGCGGCAGUAGCAGCAGCAGCAGCAGCAGUGGCAGUGGCGGCGGCGGCAGCAGCAGAACCGGUGGCGGCGGCGGCGGCGGCAGCAACGGCAACAGCGGGUCAACGGCGAUCAUGUGCCAAGGGCCGUGCUUCGGGCAGAUGAUGCUGAUGAUGACCUGCGUGAACGGCAUCCUAGGCAACAUCCAGGGCUACAGCCCUGGCCUCAUGCAGGGCGUCCAGGCCGUCUUCCAGAUGUCCUGCGGCAACGUUGGCAACAACCAGCAGGGUGGCGGUGGUAGUGGAGGUGCCGCCGGUGGUGGUGGUGGUGGUGGAGGUGCUACCGGUGCCGCUGGUGGUGGAGGCGCCGGGGUUGCUGGUGCAGCUGGUAGUGGAGGUGCCGGCGGCGGCGGAGCUGGUGCCGGAGGUGCCAGCGGUGCCGCUAGCGGUGGAGGAGCCAGUGGUGUCGGUGGCGGCGCCGGCAAUGCCGUUGGUGCUAGCGGGGGCAGCAAUACUGCUGGUGGUUCUACAAAUCUUAACGGAGGCUCACACGUGGCGGUAAGCGAUCUUGAUGAGCUAACCAGCAGCGCAAAUGGGCCCAUGGUUAGCUUCACCAGGAGAUUCCCCUCAAUGCUAUGGACUUGGACAUGUAUUUGGCUACUGCGGCUGCUGUGGCUUUGAUAUGAAACUGAUUAGAGAUAAUUAAGAAUGUUUUAAACAUUGCAAGAAGUUAUUCGUUUCUCUUUCUAUGUAGCAAAGUAGUGAUUUUCAUUUUGCCGUCAGUGAAGAUUUUACUUGAAGCAUGCGACUGUAAAAUUAAAAAUAGAUAAUGUUUGUUUCAGUUUUUAAUUAAA